CGCACCCGAAGAUUGAAACACCUCUGAGCAGGUUGAAAAGCCUCCGAUGGCCUUGCAAGGGAGCAGCGACGGAGGAAGAGGAAGGGGCUCAAAGUGCAAACGACGAAGAGGAGUAUUUGAGUAACAGCCUGAGAGCAAUAGUCCAGGAGGAAAUAGUGAAGCCCAAACUUCAGUGCCUGAUGAUGGAUCCGGCAUUCUCAAUGGUAGCGUUACAGAGCGAGGACAGCGGGAUCCUCUGGGAAACUGCGUCUAGCCGCUGCUCUACACCCUGGGCUUCGGAAAUCAGUUCUCCUCCCCCAGAUCUCUACAACAGCCUUGUUCCAAGAAGUCCAACUAGUCAAGGAUCAGAAACGGCAGGUCAAAUCUUCUUUAUAAUGGACGAGGAACAUAUGAUCAGGAGGAAGAAAAGGAAGCGGAAUAAGGCACCUGAGAAGCUACCAGUGAUAAGGGAUGAAGUGCUAAGAGAACCUGACAGGCCGGCCAUGGUGGAGGUCUCAGUCCCCAACAUGGUGGUCGAGAAAGAAAAAGAGGAUGAAAGGACAGAUUCUAAAGAAGCGAGAAAUCAACGUUUGUUUCGUUUAGUCUCUGAAGGAUCCGAGAUUUUGAAUAUUGUUGUGCCCCCUAAGGUGACCACAGUGGAUGAGGAGGAGACCAAAGAGCUGGUAGAUAACUUGUCUUACCUUGAAGCCACACCUGUCAUAAAAGCCAGUGAGAUGCCUGAAGAUGACGAGACAUCUGAGAAGAUGGACAAUCUGAAAGCUACCAUUCAGGUAGUACCAAAGCCAUUAGUUUUGCCCUCUCCGAUCAAGCCAGCACCAAAACAAGGUACAUGUGAGGACUACUUUGAGAAAUACACACUCUUGGACCACCAGACACCAACAGGAGUUCCUGUAGUAGAUGCUAACCAAGUGCUUGAGACGACCGAUGAGCAAAAAGAACUCGAAUUUAUUGCUAUUAAAGGAAAACCAGCGGCAGAAGUUUCAGAAGAUUCUGUACCUAUUAGUGAAGUGGAGACCACCAGCGAACACGUGGAUGAGGUAUUUUAUGGAGGUGGACGAGACCCAGAUUUCCUAAAUACAACAAAAGGGGACAAAGAAGAUGAUCAAACAAAAUCACCCUUAAAGAAAAGUGGGUGUGCCCUGUUCGGUAGCCAGGAAUCAAUCCUUACUCCAAUCUAUCUUCCUGAAGGACCCCAGAAAAUUAUCGAUCUUGUCCUGUUGGAGGAGCCGAAGGCCAUGGCGUUUAUGUACACAGAUUUGUAUGCGGACGCCUUAGGAACCAGGAUGAAACAAGACGAUACGGAGAGCACGACUUCAGAAAAGUCCUUCCACAGCCAGCAGUCGGACUUUGAAGACAGAGGCUACUUGGAGAAAUUUGUGCUUAAAGAUGAAACCCCAGUGAUUCAGCAGGAUCCAUUACAGGAUGAGUGUCAAGAGGAUGGAGUUAGGAUGUGGUCACAGGCUGCAUUUGGCUUAAAACAUAAAGACAAGGCUGACACAGGGACACUGGAGGACGUGGAUGAAAUCACUGAUUUCUUUAGAAGCAGUGCUAGCUCUUCUCCAUGCGAACCUAUGCAGAUAUGUCAGAAACCAGAAGAACCAAGGACAAAGACUAAGACCAGACGUGUGGUUUUUCAGGAUGAAGGACCGGAAAGGGGAACUGAAGAGGACAUAGAUAUUGCAAAAGCGUUUUUACCACUUGACAUUGGCUGGGAUCCACAUGAGGCAAACAUGAAAGCUACAGACUACAAAUCAGUCAUUAGUGAAUACGCUGCUAAAACUUGUUUCACCACACCAAGUAAGUCGGAAAAAACGAAGAUUUCCUCCAAAGCUAAGCCUCCAAAACAUGCUUUUAUCUCCAUCGAUGUUCCUCAGACAGUGAAACCCAUAACACCUCAUUAUAGACCCUUUCUGGAGCUGACUCCAUUACUUCCAGUACAGAUGCCUGAAGAAGAUGGAAAGAAAGAGAACAAACCGACAGCAAGAGAAGGAAGUGAUGAAGCUCGUUCAUCCACAGACAAAGAGACCACAGUAGAUGCCCAGGACUAUGAUCAAAUCACCCAGCAGGAGGUAAAAGAAUCUGUCCCCAUGCCCCAGGAGAGCUGAUUCACUAGGCAGGAAGAUACUCACAUCACCGGCUUUACUACA